AUGAACACCCUCCACCAGACUUUGAUGCCUAAGCAUCAACUCCUCAUCCACAAAUGCUACCCACGAUACCAGAAGAGCGAGGUCAGAGCAAACCCCUCUGAACUCAGCUACCUCCUCUACUACGCCUCUACAAGACGAAGCAAGCUACCAAAGGUGGCUUCAUACCUCGACAAGAAAACUGCAAGUGACGUAAAUAAGACCAAGACUGGCAACAUUCAAGUCACCCUUGAAAUAGCCAAGUCGCUUAUUGAAAAGACGCCUCGCGAUCUUCCACUCUACGCCACAUACAUACUCCGUAUUCUCCUAACCAUUCUUCACUCCAAAGAUCUCUCCACCAUAGAGGAAUCCGUUCCUGUCUUCGAAGCCUUUUGUCACCACAACUACGCAACCUUCUUCGCCGGCGAAAACAAAUACGUCGAGCAGUAUGAAGAAGUGAUCGACACCUACGCAAGUUACGCUGCACUCAAACUCCCUUUCCAGCCAAAAGGUGGACUCAACGCACCAACAGCACUCCGAUGGAGGAUAGCUGGUCUCAAAGCCAUGAAAUGUGCAACGUCCUCAGAAGCUCUUGAAGCCGACAGCGGAACACAGAUGAGCAAGAUCAUGCCAGCAAUCCUACAGAACCUGCAUGCAGGAGACGGACAUAGCUUGACUGCCCUUCAACGACGCUCCACCGAUGAGAAAAGCAAUGACGACAAUGCUCUCAGAAGGAGAAUAAGCGUGGCUACUGUGCAGACUAACAAAGAUCCAUCACGACCUACGACUGCAGAAGUCGAUGGCGCAACCGAUGAUGCUGAUCGAAUCGCAGAAGAAGAAGUGAGCUUGCUAGCCAUCCAAGGCCUGAAGCAAAUAUUCACUCCCAACAAUGGAAGUCAAAUCCGUUCCGCAACAGACGCAAUGCUCAAAUUUGUCUGCACAAAGGCUCUUGAGAGACGACCUGCGACAAGCAGAAGCUCGCGCUCGCUCACUCGACCUUCAUGGGCAAAUACAUUGACUGAAAUGGUAACACAAUGGGCACCAGUACAGGAUCGCUUCAUCAUACUUAUCACAAUGGUUGAUUAUCUCGCUAAGAUUCCCGCAACCGAAGAUGGUCUGGAACAGCAAAUCACUCUUGUCUCGCUAAUUGACUGGUUGUUAUCAUCAGACGUGAACAUGAUCGGACUCAGUGUGAUUGAUGUUCUACUCAGUCUUCUAAAACAGAUACUUGUGAAUCUGCAACUACCCAGCGAUUCGCUCCCACAUCACCACCAGACAAAAGCUAUUGAUAUAUUCAAGAGUAACGAUCCCGCUGAAAACAGUCAAGCAAUGAAAGGCAGCGAUGAUGAGACACUACCUUCAUCCAACCGCCAAUUGCUACUGAACAAACUGCAUCAUUGCAUCGGAAAUCUCGUCACACAUCUCUACUACUCUGAUCAAGUCCUUGAUAUUGUAACCACCAUACUCCAGCGUCUGAAACCGACCAGAUCCACCAAAACCAGCCCCAAACGCCCAACAUCCGCCAGUAACUCACUGUCAGAAGAACAAGCUUCCAAAGCAGCCUCAGAGAACCCUGAAGAAUUCUUUUCUUUUGGCACCGCACGCGUGACAGCACUCAAAGCAAUCAAGAGAGUCUUGAUAGUUGCAAACGGAAAAACCACAGCAAAGAAUGCUCCAUCCAUGGGACGCAGUCGUGCUGGCAUCAAGGCUUGGGAGGGAACACAAUGGCUCAUGUAUGACGAGGAUCGAAGAGUGAGACGAGCUUACGUUGACGCCCUGAUGACCUGGUUGUCACUAGAGAUGAGCUCAAAUGAUGUGCGAGUACUGGAACAUAACAAAUUACAGAGGCGACCCUCAAAGAGAGAGGUCCGACCGAAAGACGGCAUGAAUAACGACGAUCUGAUGUUGAAGAAGGACACAUCUUCGCUGAAGACGGACGAUAGCAAGCCGCAACAGGACGAUGCUACGCUGAAGAAGGACAGCAACAUGUCGAAGACGAGCGUUAGCACGCCACAAAUAGACGACAUCACGUCUUUAAAUGAGAGUGCUGCAACGAAAAUGGAUGAAGACCUGCCUCAUAGAACAUCUACGAAUAGGCACAAAGCCUCUUGGGAAGAAACCCAACUCAAGGAAAAGUCAAUAUUCCUGCAGCAACUCCAUCUAGCAGUCUACGAAACUGCCCUGGAGUCACCAGAAUCGGAGCCAGACAUCCUCCUCCUUCACUUACUCCUCGCCGACCUCGUCGAGCGCCUCGGCGUAAACGCCGUCGAAACCGGGCUGCCAAUGAUUUUGCGCCUACAAGAAGACAUCAACAACGACCUAAAAGCCACCAACCCCAUCGCCAAAAUAAACAUCGGCUCCCUCGUGCACGGCUACCUGUGGAAACUGACCUCCAAAUUCGCCAUCGAAGGCACGACCGUCGGCUUCGUGAUCCAAAGCGAGAUCCAGCGUCGCAAGCGCGCCGGCCUCUGGAUGGACGGCAUCCGCAUCCCGCCCGGUCUCCUCGACGACAUCCUCGCCGCCCCCUCGCGCGCUCGCACUUUCGACCCCAACCGCCCCUCCCCGUCAGAACUAGCAACCAUGUCAAUCCGGCCCUUCGACUCCCGCGCAGAGCUCGUCGACCGCAUCGCCGCCUCCUACGCCGCUGCGCCCCCGCCUCCCACCGCGAGCCCGCCUGCCUCCCCCACCCGCAUCUUCAGCACCGACAACCCGGCCUUUGCGAAGGUGGAGGAGCUGCCGCAGAAGAUGCGCGAUACCAUGCUCAAUGGGCCCGAAUUCCGCCCUAGCACGUCCAGUUCCGCCGCGGGUGAGGACCCGGAUGCUAAUCUUGCGGCGCUGAGAGGCGAGCCGCCUCGUCCCAGUGGCGAGUAUGCUGAUGAGGUCCCCCCCGUGCCGCCGCUGCCGACGACGAUUCCAGUGCCGACGAGGCCGCUGAGCCAGGGGUUGCCGCCUGGGCAUCCUGGUUUGGCGGCCGGGAGUAAGGAGAGGAGGCAGGAGAGACGGAGUACGAGUGGGAAGGAAGGCGUGGAUGUUGAUGCCUUGUUGGCUAGUAUUGAUGUUGGGAAGGGGGAGGGGAGGAAGUGGAGACAGGGAAGGAGGAUGGGGCCGCCUUCUUAG